CUCACUGCUGAGCACUUUGUCGUCCUGAUCAAACUCUUUAAUAUUUUUUUUUUUUUUUUUUUUUUUUUUUUUUUUUACAAUUAACUGUUGGCAGCUCUUCAGAAUUUCACCCUGGCAUUUCAUACAGUCAACUAGUUCAUUUUAACGACAGCCAAUUUAUAUGCCUUUGUGAAUUAGUCUGCAUAUUGUUUAUGGCAAGUAAUUUUUUAUUUACAGGGACACUGGAUGAUGGCAUGGCUAUAAACAGAUUUUGUGGAAGAAAUAUGAGAGCCCAUCUCUCCAGCUUUUCGCUCUUGCUACUUUGCUUGCUUACCUGUUGUGCACAGCUUCAGGCACCUGAAUCACAAGAUUUUCAGUUCACCAGGUCUGUCUACAAUGCUGCUGUUUAUGAGAACUCUCCGGCUCGGUCCUACCUAAGGAGUGAGGUCAAAAUGGGGAUAAUUCUGUCACAGUCCAUCUCAUGGGACAUUGAAUACGCCAUUGUGUCAGGGGAUUAUGAGGGGUUGUUUGAAGCUGAGAAGUAUGUUCUGGGAGACUUCUGUUUUCUACGCAUACAUACUAAGGGUGAAAGCUCUGACAUUUUGAACCGUGAGAUAAAGGACAACUACACAUUAAGUGUAAAUGCUACAGCCAGUGGUGGUCUGAAUGCAUCUACAAAAGUCACUGUGCAAGUCAUGGACAUGAAUGACCUUCGACCUUUAUUCUCACCUACCACUUAUACCAUCACUGUACCUGAAAGCACCCCGCUGGGGUCCAGCGUUGCCCAAGUCACUGCCACUGAUGCUGACAUAGGCUCCAAUGGUGAAUUCUAUUAUUUCUUCAGGACAUUAGUGGAGGAGUUUGCUGUCCAUCCCACCAGUGGUAUUAUAUAUCUUACAGCCAAACCCAAUGCUGAUGAGAAUACAAAAGCUGAGCUUGAAGUGUUGGCAGUUGAUCGUGUAAUGAAAGUUUAUGAAAACAGUGGUGUGAGCAGCACAGCAAAAGUAAUGAUCAACAUCAUACGUGUUAAUGAAUUUUCACCAACACUAAAUGUGGUUGCACUUGUCCCAUCCUUAACAGACAAAGAGCCAGUGUAUGCUCUGGUCACAGUAGAGGAUCUGGAUGAUGGUCCAAACGGGGAAAUUGAAUGGGUUUGUAUCAUCGAAGGUGACCCACUGGAGCAGUUUGUUCUAAAGAGAGCACCACAUGGCAAUGAUUACUUGCUGAAAAUGUCUGAACCAGCAGACUGGAAUACAUUUUCAUAUGAUUAUAAUCUCACUUUCCAAGCCAAAGACCGAGGCAUACCUCCAAAGUUUUCGAAGACUCAGAUUCUUCAACUCUCGGUAAAAAGGCCAGAGCCUGUGCUUUUUCAAUUUGAGGAACAUAUUUACAGAGCUACAGUUAAUGAAAUGGCUCCUCCUGGAACUAUCAUACAGACUGUCAGAAUCUCUCCUAAGCCACAGUCUGUCACCUAUAUCUUAAGCGUUACCUCAGAUUCCACAUAUUUCACUAUUAAUACUUUUACUGGUGUCAUAUCAACAUUAAGGCCAUUUACCAAACUAGGACAACAGCUUUUUGAGCUAGAGGUGGCAGAGGCUGUGAGUGGUCUUAGUGCCAAAGUACAAAUCACUGUGGAGGAUGCAAAUGAUAACGUACCAACAUUCACUCAAGCAUCCUACAAAGUGUCUGUAAGUGAGAAUACUCCAAUUGAUACUGUUAUAAUUGUCAUAUCAGCAGUAGAUUAUGACCAAGGGGAUAAUGGAUGUAUAACAUACAGUAUACCAAGCCUUCAGCCUCUACCCUUCAAAAUUAACCAGAAUACAGGUGAAAUAAUGACAUCAAAAGAACUCGAUUUUGAAUCAUCAUUGGAAACAUAUGUUUUCCCUGUCCGGGCUUCUGACUGGGGCUUGCCUUAUAGAAGAGAGAGUGAGGUGAAUGUCACAGUACAAAUCUUGAACAUCAAUGACAAUGCACCCCUUUUUGAACAUGUGUCAUGUAAAGGAAUAAUUGCUCAAGAGUUCCCUAUAGGACAGACAAUAAUUACUUUUUCUGCUAUUGACAUUGAUGAGCUUGGUAUGGUAAAAUAUAAGAUAUUGUCUGGAAAUGAACAGGGCCUCUUCAGUUUGAAUCCAGACUCUGGGAUGUUGUCACUGAGAAAAUCCCUUGUUGGCACUAAUGAUAAAAAUGAACUAUUUGCUAUUUUCAGUUUGAAAAUAGCAGCCACAGAUGGCCAGUUAUUCUCUGAGCCCACGUUUGUCAACAUAUCAGUUGUGAAAGGGAAAGCUUCAUCCAGGAAUUUUAAUUGUAAUGACACAAAAGUUGGACAAAAAAUAGCUGAACAGCUUCUCAAAAAAGCCAGUGCAAUAAACAAGUCAAAGGUUGAAGAGGGUUAUAGUGACCUAUAUACUGUCAACCGUCACACACCUCAGUUUGAAUCAUUUCCCUCUGCUAUAGUAGUUCGUGAGGAUUUGCCUGUUGGAUCAACUGUCAUUAAAGUGAACACCAUUGACAAAGAUACAGGCUUCAAUGGUCGCAUUCUCCACGUUAUAUCAGAUGGAAAUACUGACAGCUGUUUCAAUAUUGAUAUGGAAACUGGUGUGAUUUAUAUCUAUCAGCCACUGGAUCGUGAAAGGUCAGACAGGUACCUCCUUAAUAUAAGUAUAUAUGACAUGGGUCUACUUCAAAGGUCUAGCUGGAGGCUGGUAACUGUAAACAUUGAUGAUGUAAAUGAUAAUAGCCCUCAGUUCUCCUUAGAGAGCUACACUGCGGUGGUGCCAGAGAACACAGCCAUUGGCACAGAAGUGAUCCAGAUUAUAGCCUCAGAUAUUGAUCUGGAUCAUAACGGUGAAAUCUUUUACACAUUAUUGACCAGUACACCUCUUUUCAUCAUUAACAGUGCCACUGGGUGGGUCUAUGUUUCUGGCCAGUUGGACAGAGAGACAUUGUCAGAUAUUACCCUGAAAAUCGAAGCCAGAGACAAGGCAGAGAGAGGGUAUCAAAAAUUCACAGUAACAACUCUAAAGGUCUACCUGGAGGAUUUGAAUGACUGCCCACCCAUGUUUAUUCCUAAGAUUUACCGCUGCCAUGUACUGGAGGACAUUCCUGUAGGCACUGUCAUCACAUGGUUGCAAACCCAUGAUCCUGACCUUGGACUAGGGGGGAGAGUAAAUUAUUUCCUGACCAAUGACAUUAAUGGGACGUUCAAGGUUAAUAUGGAAAGUGGAGCUUUGAAGGUGGCCAAGGAACUGGACUUUGAAAAGCAGCAGUUCUACAAUCUCUCUGUGGUUGCAGAAGACUGUGAUUUCUCCACUCAGCUUCGUUCUUUCUCUUAUGUUGAGGUGGAGGUGGUCGAUGUUAAUGAAAAUUUCAACGAGCCCAGCUUCUCUGAAUUUGCAGUGAAAGCCACUGUUAAAGAGAACUCACGCCUUGGAACAAGUGUGGUUCAAGUCACUGCUAAGGACAACGACAAGGGCAGGGAUGGCCUACUAAGAUACUCAAUCAAAUCUGGAAGUGGCCUUGGCAGGUUCUUCAUUGAUGAAGAGACUGGAGUGAUCUACACUUCUAGUAUUCUAGACUGUGAGAGGCAGGACUCUUACUGGCUCACUGUCUACGCCACAGAUCGAGGGGUUGUGCCGUUCUCUACCUCCAUCGAGGUGUAUGUCCAGGUGGAGGAUGUCAAUGAUAACGCCCCUUUGACCUCUGAGCCCAUCUAUCAUCCUUAUGUCUUGGAGAAUUCACCCAAAGAUGUUUCAGUGGUGCGUGUACAGGCCAACGACCCUGACAUCACUUCUUUUGCCAAUCAUCUCACGUACCGCAUCACUGCUGGAAACCCACAAAACUUUUUCACCAUCAAUUCCAAGACAGGUCUCAUCACUACGACAUCAAGAAAACUGGAUAGAGAGCAGCAAGCCGAACACUUUUUGGAGGUUACCAUUACGGAUGGCAGUGGUGUCUCCAGGCAGUCCACAGUGUGGGUAAUAGUGCAUAUUCAAGAUGUCAAUGACAACACACCAGAAUUCCCCCAGAGAGUCUACUGCAUAAGUCUCCCCGAGCGGGACCAGAACAAACGUGGUGAUCCUGUCUAUAGAGUAUUUGCAUAUGACUGGGAUGAAGGGACUAAUGCAGAACUCACAUACAGCAUAGUGGAUGGAAAUGAAGAUGGGAAGUACUUCAUUGAUCCCAAAACUGGAAUGGUGUACUCCAGAAAGAUGGUUACAGCAGGGGCUUAUGACAUCCUCACGAUAAAAGCCAUGGACAAUGGGAUUCCGCAGAAGUGGUCAAAUGUACAGCUACGUGUUGAGUGGAUCAGAAAACCUUUGCCUUUGCCACAGGCCUUGCGAUUCAUGAUGUCUAGCUAUAACUUUACCAUUGCAGAGAAUGCUAAAGUUUUUGCAAAUGUGGGCACCAUCUUUGUACAGCAAACAGAAACACCCCUCUGGUUUUAUAUCAUUGGUGGGAUAUCACAGGAGAUGUUUUAUAUCCCCCAAAUAUAUAAUUCUAGAAACUGCACAAGCAGCACUGUAAAAGGAAACUAUGAUGGAGCAUUUGACAUCCAGAGGGGAAUGGCUAUAGUUUUGGUGAAGUCUCUGGACGCAGAAUAUCAGUCACUAUACAACUUGACUGUUCAGGUGACUGAUGGGACAAAUACAGCAACCACACAGGUUCAUAUCAGAGUUUUGGACUGCAAUGAUAACACUCCAGUGAUCUCCCAACCUGUAUAUCAGGUCUCUGUUUUAGAGAACACACCAGUGAACACUGAGAUUGUGCAUAUCAAAGCCACAGAUAGUGAUGAACGAGCCAAGCUAAGCUAUUCUAUUCAUGGUAGUGUGGAUCUGGUCAGCAUGCGCAUGUUUCGGAUUGAUGUUGGUACUGGUGUUCUUUAUACUGCUGAUGUUCUGGAUUACGAGACAUGCACUCAGCAUAUCCUUACUAUUAUGGUAAAAGACCAGGAAUUCCCCUACUACAGAGACCUGGCUCGGAUCAUAGUGAAUAUAGAGGAUUCCAAUGACCAGAGUCCUUUUUUUACACAAACAGUGUAUGAUGGUGUGGUAACUGACUCUGCCUUUCUUGGGAUACCUGUUGUACAGGUUUCAGCCCUGGACAGAGACACAGGGAGGAAUAAAGAGCUUGUAUACUCCAUUGAAUCAGGUAACACAGGAGGUGCAUUUGGAAUUGAUUCACUGUCUGGCACCAUUUCAGUGGCCAGAGAGCUGGACUUCACAUUUGUUGGCCAUUAUAUGCUUACUGUUUGUGUCACGGAUGGAGGCAAUCCAGCACUAAGUGCCACAGCUGUUGCCAGAAUUGCCAUCUCACUGUCAAACUUCUCUAGUCCCAAAUUCACCCAAUUAGAGUACCAGGCUGAGAUCCCUGAGAAUGUGCCUGUUGGAGCCUUUGUUACUAAUAUCACAGCCAUAAGCACCUCAGGGCUAAUUUACAAUAUAGUGCAAGGGAAUAAUGAGACGAAGUUUGGAAUCAACCACUACACAGGUGUAAUUGUGACACAGAAGUCCUUAGAUUUUGAAACCACAGCGUCCUACAUAUUGGUAAUCCAGGCUGUCAACAUGGCAGGGCUUGUUUCCAGUACUACACUUAAUAUUCAAGUGGUUGAUAAGAAUGAUAAUCCACCUGUAUUUCAACAGCUUUGCUACUCAGGGAGCAUUAGUGAAGCAGCCCCCAUCAACAGUGUGGUUUUAGGUGUGGAUGGAAGUCCCCUGGUGAUCCAAGCCAUUGAUUCUGAUAGGAACCAGAAUUCUCUAUUAGUCUUUCAGAUUGUUGAAGACAUGGCUAAAUUAUUCUUCACUGUUGAUUCUGGUACUGGAUCAAUCAGAAACAUUGCCAGUCUGGAUUAUGAGACUUUUAGUGAGUUUUACUUCCAUGUCUAUGUCAGGGAUAGUGGUAGCCCAGAGUUGACUGCAGAGAGUCCAGCUACAGUUUUAAUAAAGGUUGUAAACAUCAAUGAUUCUCCUCCCAGAUUCUCCCAGAACACCUAUGACACUGUUGUGCUGCUUCCUACAUAUUCUGGCAUAGAGAUUUUGAGAGUGGAGGCAUCUGACCCUGACAUGAGUACAAAUUCAAUUUAUUAUUUUGCUGACAACAACUUGGAGCCCUUUGCCAUUGAUCCCAGCACUGGCAUCCUCACAGUCAAAAACAGCAAGCUGUCCCAAGACCGCUACUGUUUCAACAUAAAGGCAUCAGAUGGACGUUACUCCUGCACUGCUUUUGUGACAGUAAUAGUACGUGAGGCUAUGGACAGUGGCCUUUUGUUCAGUCAGCCUUCAUACUCCUCAUCUGUGCUGGAGAACACCUCAAACAUAGCUACCGUAAUGGUGGUCAAUGCAAUAGGGAACUAUCUGAAUGAGCCGAUCAAAUAUGCACUGUUAAAUGCAGGGAUCCACUUCAAAAUUGGACCCACAUCUGGAGUCAUACAGACUAUGGGGAUCUCAUUUGAUUGUGAAGAGCAAGAGGUCUAUGAGUUGGUGGUGGAGGCAAGUCGUGAACAUGACUGGCUGAGGGUUGCCAGGGUGAUUGUGCGAGUGCAAGUGGAAGACAUCAAUGAUAAUGCACCUGAGUUUGUCAGCCUACCAUACUAUGCUUCAGUGCAGGUUGAUGCACAAAUUGGCUCAUCCAUAUUUCAGGUGUCAGCUACAGACAUGGACAAAGGAAUAAAUGGGAUGGUUUCCUAUGAGCUUGAGGAUGAGCGUAGACAUUUUGAGCUAAACAGUACAACAGGCGAACUCACCCUUCAACAAACCUUUGUAACUGACAUGUCCAAUGUUGAGUACUCACUGGUCAUUAUUGCACGUGAUGCCGGCUACCCCUCCCUUUUCACUGCAGUAGAACUCAUAGUCACAGUAGUUGACAAAGCCAUGCCUAUUUUUGACAAAAGAUUUUAUGGUAUUUCUGUUAGAGAGGACAUACCUGUGUCAACCCCAAUUCUAAAGAUUAAUGCUGUGAGUCCUGAAGGACAGAACAUCAUUUACACCAUUGUGAAUUGGGAUCCUUCUCUUCAGUUUGACAUUGGUUUUGAGAGUGGUGUGAUCAGUGUAAUUUACCCAUUGGAUUAUGAGAGUACUCCCUAUUACAAGUUAAUAGUCAGGUCCACUGAUAUGUUCACUGGAGCUACAUCAGAGGUGGAUGUAAACAUUGAUCUUUUAGAUGUGAAUGACAAUGCACCUGUAUUUGAGAAAACCUCAUAUACUGUUACUCUGGCUGAGAACUCAAUGACUGGGACUGGAGUGGUACAACUCUUGGCAACAGAUAAUGAAUCUGAAAAUUGUACUAUUCGUUAUGAGAUUCUCUCAGAUGCUUUGAACUACACAGACUACUUUGAAAUUGACAGUGCCUCUGGUCUUAUUGUUACAGUCAAUCUUUUGGAUUAUGAACUUACCCAACGCUAUAGCUUCAUUGUCCGAGCAACAGACAAUGGAUCUCCAGCCCAGAGCAGUGAGGUCACGGUUACUGUCUUAGUAAAUGACACAAAUGACAACCCUCCAUCCUUUAACCAGCCUCUAUAUGAAGCUUUUGUUAAUGAACUUGCUCCCAGAGGGCACUUUGUAACCUGCGUUCAAGCUUCUGAUGCAGACAUCUCUGAUUUUGACAAGCUAAGAUAUAGAAUUCUUUCUGGAGAUGAUAGGAUGAACUUUUUAAUGGACCCUAAAACAGGAGUCAUCUCUCUGUCACACCAGCAUUUGCCGCGCAUGCAGCAGACAUACAUGCUCAGUGUGUCUGCAUCAGAUGGAGUGUUCACUAGUACAGCACAGGUAAACAUCCGUAUACUGGGGGCUAACCUAUAUAACCCUGUCUUUAGCCAGAGAUUUUACCUUGCUGAGAUACAAGAGAAUGUACCUAUAGGAGCUAAGGUUAUUCAGGUGCGGGCCACAGAUGAGGACUCUGCGCUUUUUGGUCAGAUAAUGUAUUCAUUUAUCAAUGACCUUGGAAAGACUCUGUUUAUUAUAGGAGCAGAUGGAGUGAUCACCACUACCAAAAAAUUAGACAGAGAGAAUCCAAUGAACAGAGACAUUGGGCUGAUAGUAUUGGCUCUGGAUGGAGGUGGAAGAGCAUCCUUCUGUAGUGUUAGAGUAAUGCUAACAGAUGAGAAUGAUAAUGCACCACUGUUCAGGGCUGCAGAGUAUAGGGUUAGCAUUAAAGCUAAUAUAGCCAUUGGUACACUUGUGACUCAGAUCCAGGCUCAGGACCCAGAUGCUGGGGACAAUGGCAAGGUGACUUAUUCACUGUACAGUGAAGCAAGGCUUCCUCUAGUGGAUGUGUUAGAAAUUGAGCCUGAUAGUGGGUGGAUGGUCACAAAGGGAAGCAUGGUUCAUUUGAGAGGAACUGUUCUAUCAUUCUUUGUCAAGGCCACAGAUGGAGGAGUGCCUUCCAAACACUCAUUGGUGUCUGUAUUCAUCCAUGUACUGCCACCUGAUGCUAACAUACCAGUAUUCACUCAGCCCCAAUAUUCCUUCACUGUACUAGAGGAUACACUAGUUGGGACAGCCAUAGGUUCAGUGUACCUGAGUCCAGGUCAGACAGCAAUUUUUGCUGUAGUGAAUGGGGAAACAGCAGAAAGCAACCAGGGUAAAAUGUUUAUAAUAGAGAGAGAAACUGGGGUUCUCAGGCUUGAUAAUAUGCUAGACUACGAACUGGUUGACAUCUAUCGAUUCAAAGUGUCUGCCACCAUGAGAGAAGAUCUAAUAGAAUCCAUGUCAGUAGUUGAUGUGGAGGUGAAAGUCCUAGAUGUGAAUGACAAUAGGCCUUCCUUUGAGACUAGCUCCUAUGUGGUUAUGGUAAUGGAGGGCAUUCCUGUAGGUACAAGGAUCAUGCGGGUACAUGCUCAGGACCCAGACUGGGGCUCAAAUGGACAGGUUACCUACAGCCUUGGAUCAAUCUUCAAUCACGAGAAAGAGCAAACCUCUGACAGAACCAUCAAUACUAUCAAUACCAUGUUUGCAGUUGAUAGCAAAACAGGAUGGAUCACCACUCUUGGAGACCUGGACCAUGAAAUAUGUCCAUCUUACACAUUUAGCGUGGUUGCAUCAGAUCUAGGGGAGACAGUCUCUCUCUCUUCUACUGCUGUGGUUACUGUUGCCAUUGCUGACAUCAAUGACAACCCUCCUAUCUUUGAGAGGGACUACUACAGGGCUGCUGUGAGGGAGAGUGACCCAAUAGGAGAAGUAGUGUCUGUUCUCAGCACACGAGACUCAGACACCUCUGAUGAGAAUAGGCUGGUCAGCCUCCAUAUCACAGGUGGGAACCUUGGAGGGGUGUUUGCACUAACUUCAGUGCAAGGAGUGUGGAUGUUGUCAGUGAAGCGGCCACUGGAUAGGGAAAAACAAGAUCGAUACGUACUAAAUAUCACUGCCUGUGACAGCUUGUUUGCCACCCAGGUGAUUGUAGAGGUCACCAUCAUGGAUGCCAAUGACAACAGCCCCAUAUGUAACCAGGCUAAAUAUGAUGCCUCAUUUCCAGAAGACAUAUCCAUUAAUUAUCGAAUUCUUACGGUUGGGGCUACAGACUCUGACAUCGGCACCAAUGCAGAAAUUCAGUACACCUUAUUUGGCAUAGGAGUUGAAGACUUCUACAUGGAUACUAACACUGGUGAGCUGAAGACUGCCUCUCUGAUUGACCGGGAGAGGACUCAGACUUAUAAUCUAAUAUCCCAGGCUACAGAUGGAGGUGGCUUAUUCUGUCGGUCUGAGAUCUUUCUCAGUGUAAUUGAUGUAAAUGACAAUGCUCCAUCCUUCUUUUUCACUGAGAUUCUAGCCAGUAUAUUUGAGAAUGCUGUACCUAAAACCCUGCUAACACGUCUGCAAGCUCAGGAUCCUGAUGAGGGCCUGAAUAGAAGAAUCCUGUACUCUCUAUUGGAUUCUGCUGAUGGUGUCUUCUCCAUUAACCCUUUUUCUGGAGUGGUAAUUCUGGAGAAGCCUCUGGAUCGAGAGAUACAAGACUCAUACCGGUUGAGGGUCCAGGCUGCAGACCAGACAGGGGCAGCCAGCUCCCUCUCCACCCAGGUAGACCUCACUGUCAUGGUUUUGGAUGUGAAUGAUAACCCUCCAGUCUUCCAGAAGCAGGACUAUGCUGUUACAGUACCUGAGGAUGUUGCUGUGGGAUCAGAGCUGUUGAGGGUCUUUGCCUCCAGUAAAGACAUUGGUGUCAACGCUGAGAUCUACUACAGUAUCAGUACAGGCAACGAACUUGGAAAGUUUUACAUUGAUAAAACCAUAGGAAGCAUCUCAGUGGCUGAUGAUUUGGACUACGAAGUGUGUAAAGACUUUUUCCUCAAAGUCGAGGCUGUGGAUGGCGGAACCCCUCCUCUGAAAACGUCUAUGAUCAUAAGCAUUGAAGUGAUGGAUGUUAACGAUAAUGCACCUUCCUUUAGUGAGGAAAUGUAUAAUUUUCUGGUCAGUGAAGACGCUGCCAUUGGAGAGACAAUAACUAGGUUAUUAGCAGAAGACCUUGACAGCCAAAUAAAUGGGCGAAUUACUUACUCAAUCUUGAGAGGAGACCAAGGGAACCAGUUCUGGAUCAAUCCUGUCACAGGACUACUGAAGGUCAACAAGGAACUUGAUAGAGAGAAGAUCUCCAGCUACAUGCUGUUAGUUCAGGCAUUCGAUAGUGGAUCUCCUGCAAUGUCCACGACAGUAACCGUGAACAUUGAUAUUGCUGAUGUGAAUGACAAUGCUCCAGUGUUUUUCCCAGAGAAUGCUUCAACGGUUAUUCAGCUGAACAAACCUGCAGGUACCCCCAUCCUGACACUGUCUGUCUCUGAUAAUGACUCUCCACGAAAUGGAGGCCCAUUUGAAUUCCUAAUUAUAUCUGGGAAUGAAGACAAUGCAUUCACCCUGGACAGGAAUGGAGAGCUGCGCUCAAACAAAGUUUUUGGACCACAAGUCAAAAGGGAGUAUGUCCUUGAAAUUCAGGCAUGGGACUCUGGGAAACCUCGCUUGUCAUCAUCCUCUUUCUUGGUUGUGCGUGUGAUUGGAGGAAGUGUCCUUAAGCCUGUGGUUUUUCCUCUGGAGAUCAUUAUAGUAAUGGUGGAAGAUGUGUUUCCUGGUGGCAUCAUUGGUAGGAUCUAUGCCAGUGAUGAAGAUGAAAAUGACAUGUUGUCUUUUACACAGCAGCCUCAGCCAAAAAGCCUGUUCAGGAUCGACAGACAGGAUGGCAAGAUUGUGGCCCUGAGUGGCCUGGAACCUGGCAGGUACUUCAUUAAUGCCACAGUCAGUGAUGGACAGUUCUCUGAAACAGUGGGUGUAAAGGUGCAGGUGGAGGUGGCCACAGAGGAAAUGGUGCAGAACGCUGUCAUGCUAUGCUUCCAGGACCUCUCUCCUGAGGACUUUCUGGGUAUAUACCUAAAACAUUUGAAGAGAAGACUCCAGCAAGCACUGGUUGGGGCUGGUGUGGCACAGACCCCAGAGCCUAUUCACAUUGUAGGUGUGCAGUCUGUGGCACAAUCUUCAAAGCUGGAUGUGCUUUUGGCUGUGGAGGCACAGGAGGGAGGGUAUAUUGGGCCUGGGGAGCUGGCACUGAGGCUGGGUGAACUGCGGGAAAAGUUAGGAGGAACACUGCAGCUGGUAGAAGUGCUAGAUCAGAGCUGCUCUGGAAAAUUGGACUGUGGGGAUAGUGUGUGUGAACUCAGCCUAAAGCUGGAACCUGUUGACUUCAUCACCUAUGGUACCUCUAAAGUGAGCUUUGUCUUGCCACGCUUCCAGCGCACAGAGACUUGCACCUGCUCAGGUGGAAUAUGUUCAACAUCUGCAGAGCUUUGUGAAGGCCAGGCCUGUCCUCCUGACAUGAAGUGUGUACGCAAUGCCUCAACAGAUCCCUCUACCUGCCAGUGCCUGCCUGAAACUCUCCACCAGUGUGCAGGUCAGACGUCUCUGAGUUUUUCAGGGAACAGCUAUAUUAAGUACAGAGUGACUGCCAGUAAGGAUAUGGAUAUGAAGAUUGGCCUGAAGAUCAGAACACUGCAGAACAGAGGAGUCAUAAUGUACAGACAUGCUGAGCCCUGUCACAUGCUAAAGAUUGAGGAAGGGCGCCUCUGGUUCCAGUCGAACUGUGACAACAGCCUGGAUGUGCUGGGCAUCUCUGGCCUCCCCAUAAAUGAUGGUGCGUGGCAUGCGGUGGCCCUGGAUCUGACUUACAAUUAUACAAUGCUCUCAUUGGAUGACAGCUACGUGGAGCGAUGGCAUGAUAACCAGGUCCCUGUUCAUCUCUGGCCGAGUGGCACCAAUGGUUCACUGUUUUUUGGGGCCCAAGUGCCACAGAGAGGUGGGCACAGGCUAUCCCGGCCAUAUGAUGGUUUCCAGGGCUGCCUGAGUGCUGUAACAUUGAAUGGCAAUGAGUUGCCACUACAGAGUAAGAGGAACCACCAUGGUGAGUUAACUGCCACCAGUGAGGUGAAGAUAGGCUGCAUGCUCUAUCCUAACCCCUGCCUAGGGGUGUCGUGUCAGAACGGUGCCAGCUGCAACAGCCUGCCAUCCGGAGCAUUUUCCUGCAGCUGCCCACCACAGUACACCGGUACUCUCUGUGAGACUGAGGUCUCAUCCUGUGUUCCGACACCAUGUCGGAAUAGAGGAGAGUGUAAAGCUGUGGGCAACACUUUUCUUUGUGGCUGCCCGAAAGGCUUCACUGGACUCAUAUGCGAUGAGGAUGUGAACGAGUGCGACCGGGAGGAGUGUGAGAAUGGUGGCACAUGUGUGAACACAUUCGGUGCAUUCUACUGCAACUGCACAGCUGGCUUUGAGGGCCAAUUCUGUGGCCAGCCAUUAGCAGGAGUAGUGGGAACACAGGCAGAGAUGUUGUCCUAUAUAGGCCCGGCAGAAGUGAUUGGCAUUGGCGUUUUGCUUUUUGUGGUGUUGGUGCUUCUCGUGCUGCUGGCUGUUUUCCAUAAGAAGCUGCUACGCAAAGACUGGGUAACCGCUGAGUCAGCAGGUAUCUCCACAGAGAAUGGUUAUCCCCUACAGGAAAUGUCUGCAGGAGCUGAGGGCACUGGAGGGCCUCCACAGGUUAUGGUGCGCCCUACUGCUUAUACAGCACCCCGGUGUCAGGACGAGAAAACAACAGGCCUUGCCACCAUCUCAUGCCCAUCCCCAAUGGGCACAUUUCAGAUAACAUCGCACAACCUGGGCAUAUCCAGAAGAGGGGUAGCUGUGUGUAGUGUUGCUCCAAAUCUGCCUUCAUUGUUGCCUAACUUUCCCCUCCGCAAACCUCCUUGGGAGGAGGAGGAUGAUGAUGAUGACGAAGAUGACGAAGAUGAUGAUGAAAAUGAGAAUGAAGAACGUGAAGCUCAGGCCCUAAAAUGGCAAGAUAGAAUCUAUCCGGCAGAUGGACAGAAACUGGGCACAAAAUGGGAGUCCAAAAGUGCAGUGGAAGAGGCCUCUUGUUUUUCAGACAGCAGUACAAGUGAAGCUCACUCUUUCAGAUCUGACUUCUGCGAUGAUAAUGCAUACCACUGGGAGGCUACAGAGUGGAUUCCUGACAACUUAAUGACAGACCUGGAAUCCACUAACAGACAGUUCUCUCCUAGUCCUCCUCCUCUACCAGCUCCUCUUGCCCUUACCCCCACACGACUGGGUGGAAGCAUCCGUCUAGCUGGCAGUACACACUCCCUGGAGACCAACUAUCCCUUACAGAGGUAUGAAGGGCAUAGAGACUUCUACUCAUCCCUAUCUAGAGAGAAGUGCCCUGUCCCAGUGUGUAAGGAGUGCCAGGAUGAGGAGAGUCUUCCCCAAAGGAGCUAUAAUGAGGGGACAGCCAAUACUUCCUGCUAUCACUCUAGGGAAGAAAGGCUUCAUGUCUGGAAAGACUCCCAUUCCUUUGGCAGCCAUAAGGAGAUCAGCAGACUUGGGGACAGACAGUCAUUUGGAGCUCAGUGCUCACACAGUAACCAGCACAGCCCAUCUAUGUCUGAAAUAGAUCAGUACAAACACUACUAGCUGCAAUGACAGCCUAGAUGGCCAAGCUGGCAUCACUACUGCUAUUACUGUGCAUGGACCAAAAAAAGAAAGAAAAUAGUGGUAUACACAGAAGAGUUACAGCCCAGAUAACAAGUACAAAAGCAUCAAUAACUUUUAAGAAAUACAUUAUUAUGGAUUAAUCACACUGUGUAUAACUGGUUGUGUGUGGGCACUUGCUUAAUUCAAGUACUGGGAAAGUAUAUAGCAGAUUAAAUAGCAAUAUACACCAGUAUUCAUAUGAAAUAUAAACAGAUGGUAUAUUAGAAAUUAAAAUUGUAUGCAACGUGAAACAGUCAAAUACUUUCAUACAUCUGCUGUCAACCCACAUGAACAGCAAGAAUGAAAGAUAUUCUAUUCUUUUGUGCUGGUAUGAAUUCAGAUCAGUUAAAUUUUACAUUUCAUAUUCUUGGCAUUCUGUCAUAGUCUGAAUCACACAAUAUUUUCUUUGCUUGUGAUGUCAAAAGAAACAUUUGGCAUUUUCUUCUUCAAUUAUUCUCAGUGCAAUUCAAUUAAAGAACAGUAUUGUGCCACUGUUCCCUCUCAUUUGAUGUGACCCAUGACCAUAGUCAUUUUACCACAUUACCUGACACACACCUUUGUGGUGAGUCCACAGAAGACAAAUGGAAAAAUUGGUCAUAAAUUGUGAGUGAUAUCAAUUCUUAGGCAAAAAAAAAAAAAAGUGAUUCCUAUUUGACCCAGAAUCUUGCAGCCCUGAAAUAAAGUGAUCUUUAUAUGUGUGAUAUGACUCAGCACAGUAUCCAAAGCAACAUAAAUAUACUGGUUUGUUUGGGUCCAAAUAUUUCAGUAUGGUUGAUGUAAAACCCAUGCAACAGUAUCAUGUUCUGAAGUGUUAAGCUCCCAAGGAGACACCAUGCGCUUAAUUGAUAUAUCUACGCAAUCAAUUUUAUUCUAAUCCAACAUAUUUCAACAUUGUGCUGUUUUAGUUCUGAUAAUCUCUUUGAAUUAACUAAAUAAUCCAUACAGUUUUUGCUCAUCUCCAGUGCCAUGAAGAAACUGUGGUGCUCAACAGCAUCUCCUCAGAUCUUCUCACAGCCAGAAUUAUGAACAUAAAAGGUUUGUAUAGGUUUGAUGUGAAUGUUAUUGCCCUACUUAAAAGUGUGAUAGCAUUUUAUUUGGAUAGUCCCCUGAAAAUUUUACAAACCAGACUGAAUUCAACCAGCCUAUCAACUAAUUCAAAACAUUAUGUCAACACUUUAUGUACUAUAUACACUGGUUACGCCAAAAGUAUCUAGCAUAGAUUUGAUAAAGAUGUUGUUUGUCUUUACUGUAACUUUGAAUGCAGAAAAUUAGAGAAGAGCUGCUGGUGUUACUUGACUUCAACGCAGCCACUGUUCAGGUGGGGCCAUCAUAUUGUGUACUGCUGAAUGUCCCAAAAAUAACUAAAUUGAUAUUUUUAGUUAUAUGGCAAUGCUGGAAUAUUGACAGUGAAAUAUUUUAAUAGUAAAUUUCCACACAUUUGCUCACCAAUCACACUAACAAGAAUUUUUCAUGCCCGCUUUGUCCUCCAUAUUUGUUUUUCUCAAAAGCAUUUUUUUUUUUACAGCUGUUUUGCUGUAAAGCAUGUAAAUGUGGUCCUGCUCAACUGAUAUUUGUAGCACAUGUAUGCAGUGAGACAUAUUGUCUCCAGAUAAACAUUUCCACGAACACAUACCAUUGUUAAGGCACCAUACAGCUCAAACUAAUUAUAAACUGAGGAAUCAUUUAUCUCUUUCUUGUUUAAUAAUGAACCUAAACACAAAAGCAUCAAACACUUACUGUGAUAGCGUAGCCGCUUAAGGUUCUGCUUUUAAAUUAUGUUCUUUCCUGUCCAUACACAUUUAUUGUACCCAUUGUGACAAAUGUACACAAUGUACAUAAUUAUAACUGUAUGUUAGCUGUUUUGGCUAUUUGUGUAUGUUAGAAAUGUAUGAUUGUCAGAAUGUUUGAGUUAGAAUAAUAUGAAUUCUUAACAAGUCUAAUCUUCUGUAGUAAAUAGUACUCUUUAACAAUAUUACAGCAAACAUAUUUUUAAGUUCUCUUACUCUGCAAAUUUUUGUAGGAAAUUCAUGGUGAUCACAUACAAUUGUCUCACACAUGCUGAUUGUUUUAAGUGUAUUGUAUUUGAAGCUUAUACUGUAAAUGAAAUUGAAAUGAAAUAUUGUUAAAUAAAUAACAUUGUUAUUAUUGUUGUGUAUUAUCAUAUGAGCUCACUUAAUGAUAGUUUAUCCUCAUUUACCUGUGUAUAUAUUGUACACUCACCGUCCACUUUCUUAGGGACACCUGUACCACUGCACAUUCAUGCAGUUAUCUAAUCAGCCAAUCAUGUGGUAUGGUAUCAAAGUAUAAUUCCAUCAUAUAUAACCAAUGUAUAAGGUGUGAAAGAAUAUCAACACAUGAUUAAUCAAAGAAACAAGUUAUAAUCAAAGAAAUUAGUUAAUCCACUAGAACUUAUACUUGAGAGUGUAACCAAGUGUUAAUCAGUAUACUGGUACCUGUCUGUGAUAGGAAUGUAAUCUCUUGGAAUGUAAUAUUUUUUAAAAAGGGAGCUGGCUGUACCACACCGCCAUUAAAAAGAAUGUAGGGAGGGAGACUUUUGAUGAACAGCCAAGGGAUGAAUGAAAAGGGCGGGGGCUGCCUGAUGAGAUCAAUGUUUUAGAAUUGUAUAAAAGCAUGUAUCAAGGAUACGCAAGCUAGUUGAUCUGCUAGG